CGCUCGAGCAGACGUGGCAACACGUGACGCCAUCAAAGAGGGUCGCUGGUUCAUGGGAGCGGUACGCUAGUCCAGCUAGCAGCUAUAUUCUGGGCUGAAGUGAAGGUUUAAGGUCAAGAAGAUGAUGGAAGAGAGUGGAAUCGAGACUACGCCUCCUGCCAGCCCUACACCUCCUCUGACUGUGGCUGCCACAGUCAGCGCCCCGCCGAUCACCAUAGGUCUGUCCAGCCCUCUGUCCCUCCCUGGCACCAGCUCCAUCGGUUCACCCGCAGUCUCCACCGCUUUCUCCCCUGUUCCCUCCAUCCCUGCUUUCAGCAGCCCUCUGGCCACACACCCCUCCCUGUCCUCCCCGUUCCCCCCUCCCUCCACGCUCGCCUCCCCGUUCAGCAGCGGCUCUCCGUUUCCGCCUCCCACCUCAGGCUCUUUUCCCCCUCUGGCCUCUCCCAUGGGGCCACCUCCCCUUUCAGCUCCCGGCAUGUCGGCCCCUCCCACAGGCCCGCCCGUAUCCAGCUUCUCCAUGAGUGCAGGAUAUGACAUCACACGGGGUCAUGCCGGUCGUACUCCGCAGACACCUCUGAUGCCGACGUUCUCCAGUCCUGCCGCCGUGCCAGGUGUGGGACCAAACCCCAUGGUUCAGCAGCCAGCCAUGACAGGAGGAUUAGAUGCUGGAUCUCCCAUCACUUUCCCAGAGGAGCAGGACGAUCCCAGAGGACCUGGACACACCAACGCUGGUGGAGGCAUCUGGGGCUUUUUUAAGGGAGUAGCAGGUAACACUGUAGUAAAGACAGUCCUGGACAGAACCAAGCACUCUGUGGAGUCCAUGAUCACCACUCUGGAUCCUGGCAUGGCUCCAUACAUCAAGUCUGGCGGGGACAUUGACAUCGUGGUGACUUCAGAUGAGAUGAACGUGGAGGCUGUCAGAGACGCCUUCCAGGAGGUUUUCGGGAUGGCCAUGGUCACUGGAGAACCCGGUCAGUCCAACAUCGCCCCGCAGCCGGUGGGCUACGCAGCCGGAGUCAAGGGGGCUCAGGAACGCAUUGACAGCCUGCGUCGAGCCGGUGUGAUCCACGAGAAGCAGCCAGUGGUCUCUCUGGAAAACUUCAUCGCUGAGCUGUUCCCCGACAAGUGGUUUGACAUCGGCUGUCUGAUCCUGGAGGACCCCGGUCACAGCAUCCACAUUGAGGUCUUCACGCAGGCAACCCCUGUGGCCCUAGAUCACGUCCAACAGGCUCAGUCGCUGACCCCCCCGGACUACAGCCUGCGCUGGUCCGGGCUGAUCGUCUCAGUGGGCGAGGUGCUGGAGCGCAGCCUGCCAAACGUCAGCCGGACAGACUGGCACCAGGCCAUGACGGGCAUGGCCCGGCGCCAGAUGAUCCAGAGCGCCGCCAAAGCCCUGGCUGGUAUCUACAAACAGCAGCUCCCCCCCAGGACUGUGUGAGGUCUAAUGCUUCCACUUCCUGUCCCAGACUGGGAGGAGGCGGAGACACGUCGGAGGAAAAAGUGGCUGAUGGGACAGCAAGCUUCCCUCGUAUCUCCCGUCCACCCGCCAGCCGUCUGUCCUCGCGGGGUGAAGCCAAAUGCACAUUUCUUUAAAACAGAUGUUUACUGACACCCCAAGAUAUCAGCAGGCUUUAACUGAGGGCCCCCCCCAUACCUAAUCUAUGUCAGGGGAUAGGGAACAUAUUUAACAUCAGCAUACAACCUCCCCAGUGGAUUACUUACAUUAAGACAAUUAGUUUUUUUAGGUUGUCUAAUAUUUUUAAAUUUUAAUUUAAAAUAAUGCAAAUGAGGCAUUAUUUUAUUAAAGUGUAUUUCCAGAACAGAAAUGUGAACAUUAAUAAUAUGAAGCCUGGUUCAAAGUUCUAGUUUUAUUUUGUCGACAUUCAAGUCAGUUUUCUACUGAGGGAAUUAGGUUUAAUUUGGAUAUUUUUUUGUCAGCCGCCACAAAAAGAAAAUCCCUUUCCCCCAUGUCUUUCUGAAUAAAUUGUGUGAAUGAGGCUGUGAAUGAUAUCUAAACUACGCCCUGUGUAAAAGGUCUACCGACAUUUAACUAACAGAUAUCAGCCAGCGUAAAACUUCCCCAAAUCAUCACUGACAUCAUCUUUGUAUUACAAGUUUUCUGAAAUGUUUAAAGUGCCCAUAUUCUGCUCAUUUUCAUGUUCAUAAUUGUAUGUUGAGGUUGUUCCAGAAUAGGUUUCCAUGGUUUCAUUUUCAAAAACACCUUUUUUGUUGUUGUACUGCACAUUGCUGCAGAUCCUGUUUCCACCCUGUGUGUUUAGGUCUCUGUUUUAGCUCCAGAGUGGAACAUCUCGCUAGUUUUAGCUCCAGAGUGAGACAUCUCGCUAGUUUUAUCUCCGGAGUGAGACAUCUCGCUAGUUUUAGCUCCUGUAUCACUGUAUCUCACUCAGAACACCAUGAAUGGUAUUUUUCUAAGUGUGUAUGCGUGUGGAAGCACCAGAGACACAAAAUAACCCCCCACAUUUUUUUCUCAAUAUGGGCACUUUAAAUAGGCAAAUGAGCCAUUAUCUAACACUAACUUUUGGUGAAUUUAGAGAAGACGACAGACAUAAAUAGGCAACGUGUUGUCAAAAAAUGUUUUCUUUCCAGAUGUGAUUAUGGAAGCAAAAUGGCCCAAAACACCCCAAAUUUAAAAAAUGUUUUUGCGUGUAGCGUCUCCCCUUAACUACUAUGGGAUCAUCUCAUUGUCCUCCAUAAAAGAUUAUUACACAUGA